AUGAGGCCAACAGAGCCUUCGGGCAACCCGCCGCGACCGCCGGGUCUGCCGGAGGGCCAGGAGAGACCACGUCUCGUCUCCAACGCCAAGCUGCGGAGCCUAAGCGAAGGCCCAGCAGAUGGACGAGCCUCCAGGGAUUUUGGCGAGGAGGACACCGAAGGAGCCGCUGGUCGCCCCGGGGCUCACAACAUCCUCGUGGCAGUGAGGUGCCGAGCGCUUCUCCCCCAGGAGCGAGUGACAGGAGGCCAUGCCAUCAUCAGCAUCGCCAACCGCACCACCGUGAUCCUGGAGGACCCGCACACCACUGCGGCCGAUGACUAUUUACGUCUGAACAAGUCCAAGGAAAGGCGAUACCACUUCGAUCAGGCUUGCGACGAGACCGCCCAGAACCUUGAGGUCUACGAGCGGACGACUCGCUUUUUGAUUCCCAGUGUCAUACAGGGAUUCAACGCCACUGUCUUCGCUUAUGGCGCGACCAGCGCGGGAAAGACACACACGAUGCUGGGUUAUCCAGGUGAGCCUGGCAUCAUGCUGCUGACGCUGCGUGAUCUCUUCAGCGAGGUGGCUAACCAGAAGGACAACAACCACUUCGAGAUCAAGUGCUCUUUCUUGGAGGUCUACAAUGAAAAUGUCAGGGACCUCUUGCGCCCUGAUGGAGAUUUCCUGGACAUCCGAGAGGAUCCCGUCAAAGGCAUGUGCGUGGCAGGCAUCAGCGAGGUGGGUGGACUCGAGAGCGCAGAGGAGAUCAUGGCGCUGCUUCAUCAAGGCAACAAGAACCGCACGACAGAGUCUACUGGCGCUAAUGUCACCAGCUCCAGAAGUCACGCUGUGCUGCAGGUCAUGGUGCAUCAGCGAGAUCGCACCGCAGACAUCGUGGCUCAUGUUAACUUGGGGAAGCUCUCCAUGAUCGACCUUGCAGGAUCUGAGCGGGCAUCGCAGACCAACAACAAAGGCCGGAACAAUUGUUGCCCCAGUGCCUGCCGGCACGUAGAAUCGAUUCCUCUGCCAUCCCCGAACUGGCACCGCCAAGAGCGUGCGAAGCGCUCACGAGCUCGAGCUCGAGUACGUCAGGCGAAAGCACACUUUCGUCAACCACGGCCCAAGGACCUACUUCUGCUCUACCUGCACCACUCCGGCGGCAGUGGAAGGGGAAUGGGCAAGACAUGGAAGCAAAGGCAAGGGUAUGGAAAAGACGACAGCCAUGGACGAGACUCAUGGGCUGGGGAUGGAUAUGGGCAGCAGCCCUAUAUAUCCAAGGAAAGCUUGUGGAAGGGAGCCUACUCUCCACGGGCACCCUGGCGCAGGAACGAUCCGUCGAGGACACCAAGCUUCCCCAGUUAUACACAGCUGACGCCCAAAGAAGCACCGAGCUCUUCGGCAGCAGAUACUUCCUUUACGCCCGACUCGACCGUUUCGGAGAUGCAACGCUCGCUCACAGCAGCGAAGAAAGCGGAGCAAAAGGUCCGCACCCUGAUGGCCCUCAGGGAAAAGCAGGCUGGCCAAUGGGAUGCGUACAAAGAAAAACUGGAGAGAACGUUUGUGCAAGAGCACAAGAAGUACCUUGCCGAAAAGGAGAAGCUUCAGCGGGACCUGGACUCUGCAAUUCAACAACAAGAGACAGCCAGGAAAGCGGUCAGAUGUGUCUACAGUGGAGAGCCUGUGAGGCCUUCGCAGACCGUCCUGCAGGAAAGAGCCUCAGCCUCCGAAUGGGAAGAGAUGAGGAGCACUUGGGAAAAGGCACAAGAGACAGACAUGGAUGGAGUCCUGCAACGUGCGAUGCAGGACAUUCAAGCCGAGCCUUUACAUCCCGGCCGUCGAGACGUCGACAUGGAUGGAGUCCCAUCAAGGAAGCUGCGACCGGAGUUCUUGCAAAGCUUGCUGAUGGACCCUGGGAUCCAGGCUGCCUUCUGGGCACAGGCCUCUUUCCAAGGGAUGCCACCGGGAGUUCCUGGUAUGCCGGACACCAUGGUUACCGAGCGGGCGAUCCCUACCUUUGGAGUUCAUGCAUCAGAGGGAGAGUGUCCCCUGCCUACGGCCAACAGUGGGGACAAGGCCACUGUGGAGCAGGACACAAGCAGGAUUCUGAUCUCGCAAGCCGAAGCACGAUCACCAACGAGAGUGGAGGUGGCGCCUGGCUCUCACCCAGGUCAGCGAGAUCCCAGCCAACUACGAGUUCCAGCGUCAGAGGCACCUCCCAGGCAGGACGUGAAGUCUGCCACCAAGACGACGCCACAGCGCAACAUGCAGCACAAGGGCUUGAGCGACAAGCUAGAGGAGAAGCGACAAAAAGAGAGACUAGGCAAUGCGAUGCAUCCAUUUGGGAUUCCGAGCUUGACAACAGCCAAGCCAGAAGGGGCCCCCACAGGCUCCUUCGAUCUUUCACAAGAAGAGGAUGCAGAAGAACUGAACAAGGCCGAUCACUCUCCAGGGCUUGGCAAUCUGGAGUGA